AUGGCGUUGAUUCAGAUAAACAGACGUUUGUUUACAAACAGCCUACUGGCAUCUGUUUUAUUACUUUCAGUUGGUUCCUUUGUGACCUUUACUUUCUUCACCUCUAAUAAAACAAGUGUACCUAACAGCUUGUCCAAAAAGCUGCAGAUCCCAGAAAAUACAGACUCUGAAUCCGCUCGUCACAUUGCUCAAAAAAUAAAAUCUGUUCAAGAGAAAAUAAAAAUUAAUGAUCACAAUCGCAGUACGGCUGUUUCACUGACAGAUAGAGCACAGCUGUCAAAACAGAUAACAGAAAUUGAUUCCGUACACCUUGGCCGAAGUAAAGACAGACAUAAUGUGAUACUAUCACAGCCAAAUUACAAUGUGCAUAUUUUUUAUUACCCUUGGUACAAGAAUGUGAACACUGAUGGGAAAUAUGCUCAUUGGAAUCAUAGACUCCUGCCACACUGGAGUGAUAAACAUUUCAUGAACAGCGGGCAGCAUGUUCCACCAGAGGACAUUGGAGCAAACUAUUACCCUAAACUCGGUGCUUACAGCUCAGCAGAUCCUGCUGUAAUUGAUGCUCACAUGCAGCAGAUUAGAGCUGCAGGACCAGGGGUUCUCUCUGUCUCUUGGUACCCACCUCAUUUUGUCGGUAGUUCUGAGACGCCUGUUGAUGACAUCAUGAUGAAGUUGUUUGAUGCAGCAGCAAAAUAUCAACUGAAGAUUGCAUUUCACUUUGAACCAUUCAAAAACAGAAGUGGACAAACUUUGAGAGAAGUUGUAAAGUAUGUUAUUGAAACGUACGGGAAUCACACAGCAUUUUACAGAUUACAGUCUAGUUCAAGACAACUUCCUGUAUUUUAUGUCUAUGAUUCAUAUCAGAUUCAGCCACAAUUGUGGGCUGAAGCACUUUAUAAGGACGGUCAGUUUAGUAUCAGAAACACAAAGUAUGAUGCCAUUUUUCUUGGUUUGCUUGUUGAGUUUGAACAUUUUAAUCAUUUGACAGACUCAGGAUUUGAUGGUUUUUAUACAUACUUUGCCAGCAAUGGCUUUGUGUAUGGAUCGACAUGGCACAACUGGCCAAGCAUUGCAUCUGAAGCCAAGAAGAGGAAUUUAAUCUUUGUUCCAAGUAUCGGCCCAGGCUACUUGGAUACUCGUGUUCGUCAGUGGAAUGGGAAAAACACCAAACUGCGUUUGAAUGGCAAAUACUAUGAAAAUGCAUUUAAGUCAGCUUUAGCUGUGAAACCAAAAUUAUUGUCUAUUACAUCUUUUAACGAAUGGCAUGAGGGGACCCAGGUGGAGGCAGCAGUUCCAAAAACAGUCAGUUCUUUCAAAUAUGAAGACUAUCAGCCAAAUGGCCCAGAGUUUUAUUUAAACCUCACUAGGAUGUUUGUAGAAGAGUUCCGUAAAAAUAUGGUAUCACUUAGUGAGUCCUACUAUCAUUAA